AUGAAGAAGUUCUAUGAGCAGCAAUACAAGAAGCGGCUGGAGCAGGACAAUAUCAACUUGAGAUACUUGCCGAGUGUGAAAGACCGUUUGGAACAAGCAGGUACCCAGCUCUUGGGCGGAAUCAAUGGCUUCAAGGUGCUGAAGAACAGUUUCAAGAAGCUCUCAUCCAUGACCGCAGAGGAGAUUCUGGAGGCUUGCAGUGACCAACGUACAUUGCGUUUGAGUGCAGCCAGCAAAGAUAUUCCAAUCGAUUGGCGGCCUGGCUACCAGACAGUGGCCAUUCGAGACAUGCAACUGAAGCACAUGAAGCGGGUCGAUGUUGUCAUUGAGGUGCGAGAUGCUCGGAUACCAUGGACAACCACACACCCAGAUGUCCCAGAAUGGGCACGGCCACGACCACGGGUCAUCGUCCUCACCAAAGCUGAUCUUGUACCACCUUCUGCCUUGGAGGAAACGGUUCGCUACAUCAAAGAGAGCGAGCGGGAUCGUGGAGUUCCAGUUGUUCCUGUAGAUGCGAUGCUGGGGACCUUUGGCAUUGAGGAGCUUCGCGAGGAGUUAUUGAAAGCUGGUGCCUACGUAAAUCGAAGGCGAAAACGCCAGGGAAUCAAUCCGCGUGCCAUUCGCACUAUGAUGAUUGGCUUCCCCAAUGUUGGGAAAUCUUCCAUCAUCAAUCGCCUCACUGGGCGGAAAGUGGCUGCGAAGGAUGCUAGACCUGGACUUACCAGACGGUUGACGUGGCACAGAAUCGGUGGAUUCAGGAACACAGAGCUCGAAUUCCUGGAUGCACCUGGCUUCAUUCCGGUGGGCUUUGGCAGAAGGUUCACCAAGGACCGCAUGAUUUAG